AUCCACUAAAUAAAACUCCUUCCUUGAAGCAUAUCUCGUGCUGUCUUCUUCUAUGCUCUUUCCUUCUUCUCUUUCUCUUUGCUUUAUUUUGAUUCUUGAGCUGCUAGCAGCUGGAAGGUUUUAUCUAGGGAGAAUCAAGACUUAAUUUGUUUCAGGUUCAAUCGGUGAUCAAUACAGGUACGUUCCUAUUGUAAAUGGAUGUUGUAGAGUUGAAAAGGAAGAAAAACGGGCUUGUCAGGGCCUGGGAAAGAUGGUGGUCGCUUCGACCUUGGGGCAAGAAACCAUCAGGAACUUCUUGUGAAGCAUUGAAAAAGAGCAAGUCAUGGCACUGCUCACCAAAAUCAUCUUCCCUGGAAGAAGAUAAAGGGAAAAAGAAGUGUGAUCAGGUUGCUCCACAAGGAUGCUUUUCUGUCUAUGUUGGACCCCAAAGACAAAGAUUCGUGAUCAAGACCAAGUUCGCCAACCAUCCAUUGUUUAAGAUGCUGCUAGAAGAUGCUGAGCUCGAAUAUGGGUACAGCAGUGAAGGUCCCCUUCUACUUCCUUGCGAUGUUGAUUUGUUCUACAAAGUUUUGGCAGAGAUGGACAGUGGUGAAGAGAUAAGCACUCCUGUUUGCAGCUUUGCCUACAGUCCAUUAAUCCUUUGCAGCCCUUCUCAUCGCCAGAUCAGUUCUAGUAUCAAUAAGGGCUAUGGAUCCUAUAAACUCCUCACUCCAUCGCGAAUGUUUAAAUUGAAUAGGCAAAGGAUAGUAAAAUAUCAAGGGGGAAAUAAGAUAAAUCAAGUAGUAGAAAACAAGAAAGUUGGGAGAGAUCCUUUGUUUUUAAUUUUUCAUGGUUGUCUCUUUGACGUACCUUGCCAAAGGCAGAGCUUGGGCUUUACGCUUCUAGAUAACACCUCUUGUCAUUCUGACAUGAGAGAAAUCCACCCCGGUUUCAACCAUUUAAGGAGAAGAUGGCGCAAUUCUGUCUGUGUGGUCAGCUGUCUACGGGUGAGCCCAUUAUCCACCAGCUUAAUUAGAUUGCUUCAGAAAUCAGAACUUUUGUCCUUGUCGCUUGUAAUUUCCACUUCAAUAUCUGCUGGGGUUAGAGCUUGGAAAGAAGUUCUUCGUGCAACUGUCUCAAAUUGA